AUACACACAUUUUGCAAAUGACAGGAGUGGCUAUCGCUGACACAGCAAGCACAACUCAUUCCAGAAAGCACAUCUAGAAAUACCGGAGUCCACCUUUGCUGCUGAAUUCAGUGACAACAUGCGUGAAAUUGUACACAUACAGAUCGGCCAAUGUGGGAACCAAAUUGGAGCAAAGUUCUGGGAAGUCAUAAGCGAUGAGCAGGGAAUUGACGCCAGUGGAAACUACUGUGGGGACUCCUCGCUACAGUUGGAGAGGGUUAACGUAUAUUUCAAUGAAGCCUAUUCCCAUAAAUACGUCCCCCGUGCUAUCCUGGUGGAUCUGGAGCCUGGCACCAUGGACAGUGUACGAUCUAGCAAAAUCGGUCCACUCUUUCGACCUGAUAACUUUAUUCAUGGAAAUUCAGGCGCAGGUAACAACUGGGCGAAAGGUCAUUACACCGAAGGGGCUGAGUUGAUCGAAAACGUCAUGGAUAUUGUGAGGAAUGAGUGUGAAGGCUGCGAUUGCCUACAAGGCUUCCAGCUCGUCCAUUCCCUCGGUGGUGGAACGGGGUCUGGAAUGGGCACUCUUCUCCUAAACAAGAUUAAAGAAGAAUACCCCGACAGAAUCAUGAACACCUUCAGUGUUGUACCCUCGCCAAAAGUAUCGGACACUGUCGUUGAGCCGUACAACGCCAUUUUAUCCAUCCAUCAGCUGAUAGAGAACACAGAUGAAACCUUCUGCAUCGACAACGAAGCUUUGUAUGACAUAUGCUUUAGGACUCUAAAGCUCCCCAACCCCACCUAUGGGGAUCUCAACCAUUUGGUGUCCCUCACCAUGAGUGGAGUCACCACCUCACUCCGCUUUCCUGGCCAGCUGAAUGCAGAUUUGAGGAAGCUUGCCGUCAACAUGGUGCCAUUCCCUCGACUCCAUUUCUUCAUGCCGGGCUUUGCUCCGCUAACUGCUCGAGGCAGUCAACAAUAUCGAGCUCUCUCAGUCCCAGAGCUUACUCAGCAGAUGUUCGAUGCCCGGAACAUGAUGGCAGCCUGUGAUCCACGUCACGGAAGGUAUUUAACUGUGGCGUGUAUCUUCAGAGGCCAGAUGUCCACCAAGGAAGUGGAUGAACAGCUGCUGUCCAUUCAGACCAAGAACAGCAGCCAUUUUGUGGAGUGGAUCCCCAACAACGUCAAAGUGGCAGUGUGUGACAUUCCGCCACGUGGCCUGAAGAUGGCGGCCACUUUCAUCGGAAACAACACAGCCAUACAACAGCUCUUCAGAAGAGUCUCCGAGCAGUUCUCAGCGAUGUUCAGGAGGAAAGCGUUUCUCCACUGGUAUACCGGCGAAGGGAUGGAUGAGAUGGAGUUCUCAGAAGCGGAAGGCAACACCAACGACUUGGUGUCCGAGUACCAGCAAUACCAAGAUGCAACAGCAGAUGUAGAAGAAUACGAGGAAGUAGAAAUAGAAGCGGAAGUUAGCCCAGAAGAAAAAGAAUCCCUCUAAAAAUAAUUAUGAUGUUAGAACACCACUUUAAAGGCCGUAAUGUCUGCCAUCAGCGAAGAAGCUGAACUCAACUAUGUUUUUUUUUCAGGGAACUUCUAAUAUUGUUAUAUCAAAGCCUGGAACAACCCUGUUAUAUGUUUUAAACCAUCCAACCACA